AUGAAGGAUGAGUCCCAUAUUGUGGGUCGCGAAGAUUGUGUGAACAAACUCUUGCUGCAGUUGAUCGAUGAAGGAGACGGCUGUGCCAACCUGACAGUGAUUUCGGUGUUCGGCGAGGGAGCCAUCGGCAAAACAGCUCUAGUGAGGAGCGUCUGCAACCGAGCAGAAGUUAAGAAUCAUUUCGACUGCUGUGCUUGGGUCCGGGUUGGGCCGAAGCCGAACCUGGUUCAUCUCAUGGUCGACUUGCUCAAGCAGCUGAGAGUCCCAAAAUUGCGAGACGUGGAUAGUAUGGACAAGGAAAAGCUGUCCGAAGAGCUCCUAGGAGUACUGAUGGGGUGCUGUUAUCUGAUAGUCCUGGAUGACUUGUGCGAUCUCCAUCUCAUGGACGAGCUCAUGAUGGUGCUUGCAGACUUGAGGAACGGGAGCAGGGUAAUCGUCACGACUCGUAGCCCGGACAUACCCUCUUCCAUUGAUCCGUGGUAUUCCAGGCCUCUCAAGUUGAGCCCCCUCGACUGA